AACACAUUUUCUGUCAAGUUAUUGCCUCACGGGUUCAACCGUUUCCAUAUGUUUGUGGUUGAUGAGCUUCAUGAGUUUGAAAAUGGUGUGUGGAAGGCAAUUUUCACUCAUUUGAUGCACAUUUUGCAUGCGGCUGGUGGAGAUUUUGUAUGUAUUUUCAAAUUUCUAUUACAUCUACUAAUGGAUCUUAAUAGAUAUAAAGCUACGCCAACCUUUGGCAGAGGAACCAUCAGAAAGUUCAAUUCCAAUGUGUCAGCAAUGAAACAUUUGGCUGCAAGGGAUUUUGAGGAUCUUUUGCAGGUAAGUGUCAGU